CCUCCAUACCUCAGGUCCUCAGAUCUUGCAGGGAACACACUGUAGUUGAGUUGAUGCCUUGCUCAAGGGCUCCCUCAUGUGGAAGAAGGGGGUCACUGUGACUGACAUUUAUAGGAAACUCUCAUCUGCUCUCACAUGUAAAAACGGUGAUGCUGUGAUUCACCAGAACAUUUUUUUAGACCUCCUACUGCUGCUGUUACUGUUACUGUUGCUGAUGCGUUCACGGUCCUUUUUUCUGUGACAUCUUCAUCUUCUAACGUGUAAUCCUGUGUUUCAGUGUGUGUCUGCAUCACAGGGUCCUCCUCCUCUCUCUCUCUCUCUCCAUCCCUCCUCCUCUCUCUCUCCAUCCCUCCUGCUGCUGCCUCUUCCUCCUCCUCCUCCUCCUCCGUGCGUCGCAGCGCGUUGCAUCGCAGCACCGGUCAUGGUGGACUCUCCCAGCGCGAUGAAGAAGACCUUCUCGGUGCCGGAGAUCAAACCGCUGGACCAGUACGACUUCAACCGGGCCAAGACCUGCGCCAGCGUCCGGUGGCUGCUGUCGAAGUCGUACGGCUCUGCAGAAAAUGUCCCCGUGGAGCUGCGGGAGCCGCUUUACAAGGACCAGUAUGACCAAGAACACCUCAAGCCGGCCGUCUCCAAGCUGCUUCUCUCCCCGGAGAUCUACUGCCGAGCCCAGGCCUUGCUGGCUCAGGCUCAGGGGGUCUCCUUGCCGGCGGCCCAGGGGUCCCCGGCUGACAACUCGGCCCUGCUGCAGCUCCUCAUCAAGAAAGGUUUCACUCCGAAGGUCCAGGAUGCAGACGUCACCGAGGAGGACCUCAGCUUCGUCCCCAUCAAGACGAAAGCCCACCUCGCCCUGAUCGACGCUCUGAUGACUCUGGUGGCUAAAGAGGCGGUGGGCCAGGUGAAGAUGGCGGUGGAGGCGGAGCAGAUGGGUGUCGGGGCUCCGUGGGAGAACGCUCUGCUUUUCUGGGUCAACAGGCUGAACCAGAAGUUGAGAGAAACCACAGAAGAAGAAGAACCCACCAAGUCGCAGCAGACAUGUACGGACCUGCAGGCCACUCAGGACACGUGUCAAUCCAACCGUUGGUACUGGAAACUAGUCCCCCAUGCUAUCGCUUUUUGUUUGAAGGAGUCGGGGAAUAAGCCGCCAGUGAUUCGCUAUAGGAAGGACAAAGUGCAGUCUAAGCUGACUCCUACUUUCCCUCUGGUCUCUGCGGUCAAAGAUCUGUCUAAUGGUUGCGCUAUUGCUGCUGCGUUGCACUACUACUGCCCCAGCCUGCUGCCUCUAGAGGAUGUGUGUCUGAAGGACACCAUGUCGGUGGCCGACAGUCUCUACAACCUGCAGCUCAUCACAGAGUUCUGCGAGAGCAGUUUACAGAGCUGCUGCCCCCUGGCGGUGGAGGAUCUGCUCUACGCUCCACCGGUCCUGCAUCUGAACAUCAUGAGCUUCAUCGCUGAGCUGCUGGAGUGGUUUGAGGUUAAGAAGCCUGAUUUUGUCCAGCCCAUGCACCCCAUCGACCUCACAGAUGUCUCAGGGUUACUAGACUGUACGAGUCCCAUCAGCGGGAACAGCAACAGUGGUUGUCCUUCCUACAUCUUCAAACAACCAUUUGUGCCCAUCUGCUCCCCAGUGUCACCAGAAAACAAAAGUUGGACAAAGAAACAAAUCAGUCGUCCUCUGUCAGCAGUGACGUUCAGCAUCCCAUUUGGGCUGGACAGUGAUGUUGACAUUGUCAUGGGAAACCCAAUAGAUUCUGUCUUUCGCUCUGUCAGCACUGACAGCCUAACCAAGGGCAUCCCUGCAAUGACUUCAUCGGUGACAUCAGCAGGAAUGACUUGUGUCCCGUACAGCCCUUCAGAGGACCUCAGCCACCUCGUCAGCGCUUCUGCUCCAUCACAGCGCUCCUCCUGGGGCCCUUACGCACACACAACGCCUCUGGGAGAGCUGCCGACCAUCGAGGAGGCGCUACAGGUGGUUCAUACUCCAGACAGCAAAGAUCGGAGGAAGGGAAGGAUCUCUGAGAAAGGUGGAAGAGGAGUGUUGGGAGGAAGGCCAGAGCCCAGGUUACGUCCCGAAGGAGCCCCUGCUGGUUUCUUCCUACACUCCCCCGAGGGGGAUAAUUCCCAGCUGAGUAGCUCUGCUCCCUGUCGCUCUGGAGUCCUCCAUCGGCCUGUUGGUGGAGAAGUGGGUGACACUGAAAAGCAAGGAAGGGGAGAGAGGAAGGAGAGAUCGGGACGCACCUCUGAUAUGUCACGUGAUGACGACUCUGUUCUACGAGAUGGCAGCGUUGACUCCUCUGAAGCAUCGGAUGAUACCCCUAGAAACGCCCCUGGUAAUAUGCGACCCAAUCGCCAAGGAAACAACAGCACCAGCAACAGUCCACGCAUGACAAGCUUUGCUGAGCGAAAAGACAACAGAAGAAGACAUCCCGCUGCUCCCGGGGAGGAGUCAGCCUCUGCUCCGACCCCAACAACCCCAGGAACUCCACAAACACCCUCCACCCCAGCAGGGGCAUCUGGCCGCCAGGACAGCCCAGGUCCCAGAGGCCCUGAACCAGGCACUGAGGCCUGGGAGUUGGGGGCUCGUCUGGAGGAAAAACGCAAAAGCAUCGAAGCCCAAAAAAGACGUAUUGAAGCCAUCUUUGCCAAGCACAGACAGAGGCUUGGAAAAACUGCUUUCCUUCAACUGAAAAGAGAGCAAGGUGAGGGAGGAGGGGAGGGAACAGAGGAGGACAAUAUCACCCUGGAGGAACGCCUCACUUGCAUGGAGGAGCAACUGAAACAGGAGGAGGAGAGGGAAGAGAAGGAAAAGAAUGAGAAAGAAAAGGAUGGAGAGAAGGAGAAAGAGAAGCCAUCUGUUUCCAAUCCUCCUCGGUUAGAGAAGCAGGUCACUUUCUCUAUUGACAGUAAGAAAGGGGCGGAGAAAGAGAAAGGAGGUGAAGCUGCCUUAGUGGAGUGCAAUGAAGUGGUACAGAAACUGAGUGAAGCUCUGCAGUCACUACAAAAGGACAUGCAGAAACUUACAGAACAGCAACAGCAGCUCAUGACCAACCAAAGACCCAUAAAUACACCCAAAACCACUCCAAAAUCCACACCAAGAAAUACCGCCAAAACACCUCCUCACACCCCAACAAAGACACCACCAAGAACCCCGACAAAGACUCCUACGAAGAGUACCACUAAAGCUUGGGUUAUUCCCGCUGCCUCCUCCCCAUUACGGCGUUCUGAGCUUCUUUCCUCUUCCACCUCCCCAAAGACUAUCAUCUCCUCCUCCUGCCCAGCUCCUCGCACCAAGAUCCACUCCUCCUCCACUCCCCGCAGCCCCAAGCACCACCCGCGUGCCCAACAUCAGCCUCACCCACGGCCUUCCGAACUCAAGUUUCCCCCACUCAACCGCGCCCUGGCACCAACCCAUAAUGUGGACACCCUCCCCCACUUGCGGCGUGUGUCCCCCAGCAAGUGUAAGGAUCAGACUUCCUCUUCCUUCCGUAUCGGUGGGCCUCGGACUCCUCAAGAGUCUCUUCAGCCUACCCAGCAGCCACAGCCUGAUGAGAACACCUCGGACACAGCCUCUAGCGAGACACCAACUCAGUUCAGCCUGGAGCUGGAGGACAUGGAGGCUGUAGGAGGGCUGCCGGUCUUACCACAGCCCAGAGAAGAUCGUCCGAGGGCUGCUGGCGGAAGCAGCUCUGGUGCUCCUUCCGAGUGCUCAUUUGAGAGCGAGACUUUGUCCAUUUCUGCUGUUUUCAGCGUAGGACGUGAAGGAGAGAGAGUUGGAGGUGCAGAGAAGCACUGCAGCCUGAUUGAGGUCUCACUGUCAUCUCUUGGAGGGCCUGAGGGGGGCAGUGAUGUACCGACUGAUGAAGGGCAAGAGUUUUCCUCUGAUUCUAUGAGCGACCACACAGAAUCUGCUGUGGAACCUGCUGGAGGACUCGCUGCAGAACCCCUAGAACCUCUAGACCCCACAGAGACGCUGGAUCUGGCCACAGAAGCCGUCAAUUUGCCAGAGCAACAAACUGAAUCCGAAGGAGAACAGACAAGACAGACUGAGGCUGUGGAACCAAAUGGAGAGCUCAAUGAGGCCGGGGCAAGAGGAGGAAUUGGAUUCUUCUUUCAGGGGGAGGUACGUAGUGACCAGGAUAUGGCCCAGCGGAGAUCUUUGCUGUUGGAAAAACAGCAGAAGAGAACUGAGGAGCUGAAGAAGAGGAGACAGUGGAAUGAGCUGGAAAGGGAAAAUAGACCGACUUCCUCAAAUAAAAAGGGGGCAUCUCCCUCCAAUACACCUCCUGCUGGCACAACCUCACCUUCCCCCACACCUCCUGCUACACCAGUCCGGCGGGACACUUUCACGCGAGCGGAGUAUGCAAUGCGGCAUCAACUCAGGAUCAUGGAUGACUUCGACAAAGCGCUUCGGCAGAAAUCAACCAAUCAAGGACGAUCUUCCGCUAAGAAAACACGCUCCCGUCCUCGCAGCAUGACCAGGGAGGAAACAAAGCUGUCUCUGAGUCCAGCCAAGGGAACAACUGGCUCUAAGUUGACCAAAGUCUACUCUAACUCCUCCCUGACCCUGGCAGCCACGGGUGAGCCAGGAAACCGAUCUGGUGACCCCACUAAGAAACCCCACAGUCGUCCUGGUUCACCUUCAGGAUGUGUAACACCAAGUAAAUUGGCAAACCAGAACGGAGAUAAAGACUGGGAGACUGGUUCCAAUGGAACCUCGCCUGCUCCAGAAUACACAGGUCCAAAACUCUUCAAAGAGCCAAGCUUCAAGUCCAACAAAUUCAUGAUCCACAACGCUCUCUCUCGCUGCUGCCUCGCUGGAAAGGUCAACGAGACACAAAAAAACAAGAUAGUUGAGGAGAUGGAGAAGAGUCCUGCCAACCACUUCCUCAUCCUCUUCCGUGAUUCCAGCUGCCAGUUCAGAGGCGUUUACACCAUGAACCCAGACUCCCAGGAGCUCGUACGAUUGGCCGGCGUGGGCCCGCGGACAAUUGGCUCCACCCAGGUGGAGUCCAUCUACAAAUACAGUUCAGACAGGAAGCAGUUUAGCGCCAUCCCCUCUAAAACCAUGGGCAUGAGUGUGGACGCCUUCACCAUCCCCGGCCAUCUUUGGCACGGGGGAGGCGCGGCGGUAGGAGGUGGAACCAGGAGAGCAAGCGUUACUAAGAAGGCCGUCAUUUCCAAGUAAAGAACAUAACACAUCACCGUGAGAGAUCAUUAAAGAAAACACUAUAAUUACAGUGUGAUUAUAGUGAAAACUGUAGUCAAAUGUGAAACACAGUUACACAGAUUAGCCUUUAGCCACGUGUGUGCAUACAUACACUUGGAUUUACUAGAAAUCAGAAAAUAUUAAAAAAUUAUUUGUACUCCCCCCUUAAUGUGCAUGGAAAUGAUAACAGCACAAUUUUCUUUUCCUAAACAGAAAACCCACUCAGAUCCAGAGUGUACAGAGGAAUGUUUUGUAAAACUUUAAGUUAAUUGCACAAGGAAGAGGAACUUUUAAAAAGUCACAAUACUUAUACUUUCAUUGUUUGAAGUACAAACUCUUUCUUUCAGAAGAAUUAUUAAGUUGUUUAUUUAAAAACACCGACUUUAAUAAGACCCACGAUUACUGUCUGUUCCCUCUCUGGUUGUCUGGACUGCAGUCCUCGAGUAGAACGCCAGUUUUAUACAUGAAGCCAAACAAACAGAGAAAAUGCCUUCUAGUGUCAGAGUGACAGCAGGACUUUUGUACGACUCUCUCAAGUUUAAUUCUACCAACAGCCGUCAGCAGGUGGAUCAAAAUGAAAGAUAGCCAUAACUGUAUGACCGUAUGAUGCAGAGAGCAGAAGUGAACUUUUUUUUUUGGGACUGAUUCAAAGAUAUGUAAAUGUGUCCGUGGUAAUCAGAGAUGAUAAUCUGAUUACCACAGUAGAAAUGGUGAUUUACUGUAUGUGGUAUAGACGGGUUCCUUGUAUACAAACAUUACUGGGUCGCAAAACCGCUUUGGCAGACUAGAUUUCACAUAGUUUGUACGUUCUUGUUGACUAUACUAGAGCCCUGCAGAGUCCGACCACCAGAUACCCUUAUCAUAUGACGUAUUAGUAUGAGAUUUGUUUAUUAUUAUCAUCUGUUAUGAAAUGGGUAGUAGUAAUGCGUGAGUCCCUCUUGAUGGUCGCAGACAGACACUUUUCCCUCAGCGAUUCCUCAACAGGUAUAACGUUAAUAUAAAACUGGAGACAACCGGUCACACAGCAGCUCUUCGUAUGUCGGGUAGGUGAACAUUAACAUUAGACCCCUGACGGCUCUCUAUUAUAUAGUGUGUUGCUGGUUGCUAGCGGUUAGCCUAGGGUGACCAUACUUUCAAACCCUCCGAACCAAGACCUGGGCGUUCAUGCGCAUGGGUGCACGCACCAUAGGCGUUUUCAUCAGGACGGCUAACAUGGCGCACCUGUGCCCAAAAUUGCAUUAACGUAUUAUUAUUGCGUUAACUUUUAACUAUUUAAAACACUUCCACACUUAAUCACAGGGCUAUCCCCCUCAUGACGCACUGACAAUUUGGGACUCCUGUAGAGAGUUUUCCUCAGAGGAAACGUAUUGUCUGGGAUUAGGGAAACAAUUUUUUCCAACUUAAGUUUUGAACCCGACCAAUCUUUAUCUCAUCAUGUUGCUCGCCACAGCCUCAGGCUAUUAUAAUUAAAAUUCUGGAGCUCAAGACUGACAGGAGCGGACGAUCCUGAGGGAGUUAUAAGCGGAGCGAAAUGCCUGUUGAUGCGCAGAAGGAACUGUGUAGAAUAACUAAUCAAAACGACACGUUUUAUGUGUACAUAAGAACGAGGGGGUUCUGUGAUUCAAAACUGCACUAAAUGUAACUAGCGGAUCUGUUGUGUCCGUGUGUAAUUGUGGCUUGACAACGUCACUCUAGUUAGAGACUGCAGCGGUGCGUUGUGCUGGCCAAUUCAAAUUUAAACUAACGGUUGGUGCAGUUUACUGCACAACAACUCCUCGUCAUCUCUGCUUUGGAGCUUGGCUCUGCUUUCUGCCCCCCUAGCUGCAUCUCUGUGAUGACGUUGCACAGAAACCCGUCUAUAAGCUUAUUUCAAAAUAAUAUAAUAAUACCACAGUGAAGACUUGAUGAAACUAUGUUGAUAAUGGGAAUAUGUAUGAGCAUCAGAUGCCAACUAAACAACACUGAACUGAUAGCACGUUGAGGAUGAGAUGUGUUAUUAUGCCAAGCUUACAUUUAGAAGUACCUGCAUUGUUGCGCUCUCGGUGAGGGAUGGGUUCUGAUAGCCGGUUCCAAGUUGGUUAAGUCCCCGGAUACAUUAAGCUCCAGGGGGGAACCAAUCUUUCAUCCGCGAGCCUCUUUUUCCUCUUCCUGACACCACCGGCAUCUGCAAAGAAAGAAAAACUGUUAUCACAGUUACUAAAUAGACUGAACAUGGUGAACCGCCUUAACUUAAAUGUUCCAAAGUCAUUAAAAUAACGAAGCGCAAUAUUUGCGUGAAGGUACUUAUGACAAAGGAGGGAACGACAAGUUGCUUGCUUACAUAUUCGUGUACCGUCCAUCGUGUUAAAGUAAGCAUUUUUGAUUAGUAACGGCGUUACACUGUACUCUGUGACCAGUAACAGAACAACAUAUCGCCGUCAGGUAACGUGAAGUGCAUCAUGCAUGUAGAGGACUUGGUGAUUUACUGUAGCUGAUGUAGAAUUGAUAUUAUUGCCACUGUGUUGUUUGUACUUUAGCUUCUGCAGCUGCAGCACAGCCCCACAGCAAGAGGAAAAAUGGGUCAGGAAAGGGUUAAUGACUGUCAGAGCAGUAACAGAAUAUAUAAUAUGUGCAGUAGAAUCCUCCGUGGUUUAGGUAUGAUACUGAGUGGGAAAACCAACAGUACAUCUUUUUUUAACCAAGACAUUUCCCAACUACGUGGAUUCGGAACAGGAUACUAUCAAACCCCAUCCCAACACUUGGUAGAGUGUACACAAUUAAAUUGGUGUAUUUCAGACCAGCAUUCAUGUAUGAAAUAACAAACUGGAUUAAACUCCACUGAUCAAGCUG